CUAAAUGGGCGUGAUUGGCGUUAGUUGAGUCAUUUAAUUCGUCAAGUGCAAGGCGAUUUUAAAACUCCCGCUUGGUGCGCGUCGAAAAGCAAACAUCUAUUCUAACGGUAUAUAAGGGAGGUCGGGAAUCGCCGGUAACGAAACGACUUCGAUUGGCGUUAAGUUUGAGUUAUUUCUCCAAAAAGGUUCAAGAAAAGCGUCCUAAAUUAGAGAAUAGUUUAAAAUAGGAUUCGCGUAGUAAUAAUCGUAUCGGCGCGUGCGCAUCGACAUCUGCCGGCAGAUCAACGUCCGUGUCAGACCUCCUCCAGUGAGAACAGUCGUAUAAAACACAGUGCAAACAGGAGUCCUGUAUAUCGUAGUUUUGAUUAUAUUUGGAUUAAUUCAAUAUGGCAUCUGGUGUGACGGUAUCGGACGCGUGCAAAACUACCUAUGAGGAGAUCAAGAAGGACAAAAAGCACCGCUACGUUAUCUUCUACAUCAAGGAUGAGAAACAGAUCGACGUGGAGGUGAUCGGGGCGCGAGAUGAAGAAUACGACCAGUUCUUGCAGAACCUCCAGGCAGGCGGGGCGGGCGAGUGUCGCUACGGCCUCUACGACUUCGAGUACAUGCACCAGUGCCAGGGUACCUCUGAAUCGAGCAAAAAGCAAAAGUUGUUCCUCAUGUCGUGGUGCCCCGACACCGCCAAAGUAAAGAAGAAGAUGUUGUAUUCCAGCUCAUUUGACGCGCUUAAAAAGUCCCUGGUAGGAGUACAAAAGUACAUCCAGGCGACGGACCUGUCGGAAGCCAGCCAGGAGGCGGUGGAGGAGAAACUGAGGGCCACCGAUCGCCAAUAGUGGAGCCCUAGGCGCUUUACAUUAUGUUUUUUUUUUCAUACGACUGUCUGUCUACUCACGCACCGAAACUAUCCCCCUGGUGUAUUAUUUAUAUAAGUAUUUGAAUAUUUAAUAAAGCUUCAUUUUUAAAUCUGUAUCCAAAGUGGUUUUAUUAUUUUCUCAUUCGAAUAUAUAUAUUGCUGUACUGUAACAAUCUUUUUUCCGUUUGUGUAACAUUUAAUAUUGUCCAAUUAAAGGCCGUUCUUAUGACA